AAUAGAUAUAUAUUAGAUUUAAUAUACUACCUUUUUUAAGAAACUUAAUAUAUUACCUUAAAUAUACAUAUUUUUUGUGUGCAUUGAAUCAGCUAAUACUUAUGGAGCUUCAUCUCAUUCUCAUGUUCACCCUAUGUUUGCUUUUUUCCAAUAAAAGUAAUGGUGCUUUACCAGAAGAGGUCUACUGGAAAUCCAAGUUACCAAACACUCCAUUACCAAAGGCUUUACAAGAACUUUUGCAGCCUCCUGGAAAUAUAAGUAAUUUUGCAGAAGUAGAGCUUGUUAUGGCUCCAACUAGAGGAAAAAGAUCAACCUAUGGAACUGGAUAUUGGAAUGAAGAAUUGAAAACAGUUUCCAGCAAUAAUAUUAUGCAAAAUGAAACUACUAUAUACUUUUUAUACAACGAUCUCCAUCCUAAUAAAAAAAUGAAACUUAUUUUCACAAAAUCCAUCAAAGGAUCCAAAUUCUUACCUCGUCAAAUUGCCGAGGCUAUACCCUUCUCGAGCAACAAGUCACAAGAAAUUUUCGAUUAUUUUUCAAUAAAACCCGCAUCGAAAGAAGCUCAGGUCAUAAAUCAAACAAUUGAAGAAUGUGAAGCACCAAAUAUUAGAGGAGAAGACAAAUAUUGUGCUACUUUUUUCGAGUCGCUAGUCAAUUUCGUUACCGCCAAGCUAGGCUCGAAAAUUAGGGCAUUUUCGAACGAGGUAGAAGAAGAAAACAAGAAGGAAGAGUAUACUAUUUUAAAAGGUAUCAAAAUGAUAGGUGACAAACAAAUAGUUUGUCAUAAGGAGAGAUAUAAAUAUGCAGUAUAUUAUUGCCAUGCAAUUAAUGCUACGAAGGCUUAUAUGGUUCCGCUGGUGGCUAAUAAUGGCUCUAAAGCUAAAGCAAUUGUUGUUUGUCACUCGGAUACAUCAGCUUGGAACCCUAAACAUUUUGCCUUCCAAGUCAUUAAUGUUAAGCCUGGAGGACCUCCAAUUUGUCAUUUCCUUAAUACUGAUACAAUUGUUUGGGUUCCUAUGUAAUUUAAUUAAGAAAAAUUUGAAAAUUUAUGUAAUAAUUUAAUCACUUUAAAAGAUGACAAUAUGA